AUGUCGUCAAAAGCUAUCCGGGAAUACGACGCAAAGCUCUUGUUGACUUACUGGUUGACGCGCUCCCCGCUGAUUGACCCAGCUUUGGAAGGACAGCUGGGUCCAAGCGCGACGGGGAGCGUUCCCAGGGUUGCCCAGAUGCUGCUGAAUGAAGAGACAGGCUUACUGACUAGCGAAGACGCUUUACCAGCUUGGACUAAGGAGUCUGGUGUCAAAUUCGUUGCCAAACCUGAUCAACUGAUUAAACGUCGAGGAAAGGCCGGCCUUCUCGCACUCAACAAAUCUCGUCAAGAGGCUGUAACAUGGAUUAAAGAGCGUGCAGGAAAAGUUCAAAAGGUCGAGUCGGUCGAGGGUCCUUUGACCUCCUUCAUUCUGGAGCCAUUCCUCCCUCAUCCGGCAGACAGCGAGUACUAUGUCUGUAUCAACUCCGAUCGCUCUGGCGAUACUAUCCUCUUCACCCACGAAGGUGGUGUUGAUGUAGGCGAUGUCGACGCCAAGGCCCUCAAGCUGCUUAUCCCUGUACCUACUGCUGCAGCCCCACAAACUUUCCCUGGCAAGAAGGCAGUCAUUAAUACCUUACUUUCUCAUGUUCCAACUCAGGCGCGCAAGGAUGCUCUCGCAGACUUUAUCAUUCGUCUUUACAGCGUUUAUGUUGAUCUGCAGUAUGCUUACCUCGAAAUCAAUCCUCUGAUCUGUAUGGAAAACUCGGUAGGUAAAGUCGAGAUUCAUUAUCUCGACAUGGCCGCGAAGCUCGACCAGACCGCAGAGUCUAUCGUGGGCCAAAAAUGGGCCAUCGCUCGAGACCUGGCCAUCUACGAGGGUAUUGCUUCCUCUGGCUCCGGCAAAGUCACUGCCGACCGCGGGCCUCCAAUGGCAUUCCCUGCACCUUUCGGCCGUUCUUUGACCAAAGAGGAAGCCUACAUCCAGAAACUUGAUGCGUCCACCGGGGCCUCCCUUAAACUCACUGUUCUGAAUGCAGAAGGACGGGUAUGGACUAUGGUUGCCGGAGGAGGUGCAUCUGUUGUCUAUUCUGAUGCCAUUGCUGCUGCUGGUUUUGCUAACGAGCUCGCAAACUAUGGUGAAUACUCUGGCGCACCAACUGAAGGCCAGACAUACGAGUACGCCAAGACCGUCAUCGAUUUGAUGACUCGCGGUGCCGUGAACGAGCAAGGCAAAAUCCUCAUCAUCGGUGGAGGUAUUGCGAACUUCACCAACGUCGCGGCGACCUUUAAGGGUAUCAUCCGUGCUCUAAAAGAGUACAAGUCUCCCUUGAUUCGCGCCAAGGUGUCCAUAUACGUACGUCGUGGUGGACCAAACUACCAGGAGGGUCUCAAGGCCAUGCGUCUCCUUGGUGAAUCCCUAGGUGUUCCUAUCCAUGUAUUCGGGCCAGAAACACACAUUACGGCCAUUGUCCCCCUCGCCUUAGGUCUUGUCAAAGCUGGCGACACCGCUGCUCCCAAAUCCGUUUCACAAACCGCCCCUGCCACACCUCCAGCUAAAGCUACUGAGAUCGCAGCCGAGAAUCCCCCUGUUGGGUCUAUUGGCCCUGAUGGCGAACGUACCCAAAUCAACGACCAAAUCGUUCACUUUGAUUCGGUCUCAACAUCAUCAGCAGGUCGUCCAUGGUACCGUCCCUUCGACUCGAACACGCGUUCCUUCGUGUAUGGUCUACAGCCCCGUGCGAUCCAGGGCAUGCUCGAUUUCGAUUUCUCGUGCGGUCGUUCGACACCCUCUGUCGCUGCGAUGAUCUAUCCCUUUGGUGGUCACCACAUCCAAAAAUUCUACUGGGGCACCAAAGAAACUCUUCUUCCCGUGUACACAUCCGUCGACGAAGCAUUCAAGGACAACAAACACACAGAUGUCGACUGCGUUGUCAAUUUUGCCUCAUCUCGUUCCGUUUACUCCUCCACCAUGGACAUGCUCCGCCACCCUAUUCAUUCUCAACGCAUCAAAUCUAUUGCUCUGAUCGCCGAAGGUGUUCCAGAAAGACACUCACGCGAAAUUCUUUAUGAAGCUCAGCAAAAGGGUGUAUUGAUCAUCGGACCUGCCACUGUUGGUGGUAUCAAGCCUGGUUGUUUCCGUAUCGGUAACUCGGGUGGUAUGAUGGACAACAUUAUCGCGUCCAAGCUGUACCGCGCCGGUUCAGUGGGAUAUGUUUCUAAGUCUGGUGGUAUGUCGAACGAGUUGAACAACAUUUUGUCCUUCACCACCAAUGGUGUUUAUGAGGGCAUUGCUAUUGGUGGAGACCGCUACCCCGGAUCGACAUUUAUUGAUCAUCUCUUAAGAUACGAGAAGGACCCAGAGUGCAAGCUCAUGGUGUUGUUGGGAGAAGUUGGUGGUGUGGAAGAAUACCGUGUUAUUGAGGCUGUCAAGCAGGGCAAGAUCACCAAGCCGAUAGUUGCAUGGGCCAUUGGCACCUGCGCUGGGAUGUUCAAAACGGAAGUCCAAUUCGGUCAUGCUGGGUCCCUCGCUGGAUCUGAUGUUGAGACUGCCGAAGCCAAGAACCGUGCCAUGGCCGCUGCAGGUUUCAUCGUUCCGCCAACUUUCGAGGAUCUUCCGGAUACCAUAUCCAAACUCUACCAGUCUCUGGUUCAAAAAGGAACAAUUGUGCCUCAGGUUGAAAGGGAUCCACCAGUGAUCCCGAUGGACUACAAGUGGGCUACUGAACUGGGAUUGAUCCGUAAACCCGCUGCCUUUAUCUCAACCAUCUCUGAUGAACGAGGGCAAGAACUCUUGUACGCUGGUAUGCGCAUCUCCGACGUCUUCAAAGAAGACAUUGGGUUAGGAGGCGUUGUGAGUUUGUUGUGGUUCAAACGUCGUCUGCCUAUAUAUGCCACCAAGUUCAUCGAGAUGGUCCUCAUGCUGACAGCCGACCAUGGUCCCGCUGUCAGUGGUGCCAUGAACACUAUUGUCGCUACCCGUGCAGGAAAGGAUCUGAUUUCAAGUUUGGCAAGUGGUUUGCUGACUAUUGGUAGUCGCUUUGGAGGUGCCCUUGAUGAAGCUGCUUCCAUGUUCACUAACGCACGUGACCGUGGCUUGACCCCAAGAGAGUUUGUUGACCAGAGCAGGAAAGCGAACAAACUGAUUUCUGGCAUUGGACACAAAAUCAAAUCCGUCAACAACCCGGAUUUACGUGUGGAACUCGUAAAAGAAUACGUGAACAAAAACUUCCCAUCACACUCAUUGCUCGACUACGCGCUCGCAGUGGAAAAGGUAACAACGAGCAAGAAGGACACUCUUAUCCUCAAUGUCGACGGUUGCAUCGCGGUCUGCUUCGUCGAUCUCCUUCGGGAUUCAGGCGCAUUCACCCCCGAGGAAGCAGAGGAGUACAUCAAAAUCGGUACUCUGAACGGUCUCUUUGUCCUCGGUCGUUCCAUCGGUUUCAUUGGACAUCAUCUCGACCAGAAACGUCUCCGUGCACCACUCUAUCGCCACCCCGCGGACGAUAUCUUCAUCAACAUGGCGGAUGUGAGUCAGCCGAGAGUCUUAGGAAGGAUGCAGCAGUAG